UGUCCGUAUUCCCAACUCUAUAUCUAACGGUCCGAAAAAACAGAUAUAUUUUCCUCUUCAGAGUGGGCGGUCCAGAUUCCGUUUAAAAAACCAAGUCCAGAUCCUCUCCCAAGAAAAAGGGCUAGAACUAGGGUUUUCUAUCAUCGUCAUCCUCUCUAUCUCUGAAAUUUCCAUCUCUGCAAGAAGAACAAAAAAAAAAUAAAAAUGGUUAAGGGUCCAGGACUCUAUUCCGAUGUCGGAAAGAAAGCCAGAGAUCUUCUGUAUAAGGAUUACCAGAGCGAUCACAAAUUCAAUCUCACCACGUACACUUCCACAGGAGUCGCAAUCACUGCAUCAGGAACCAAGAAAGGCGAGCUGUUUCUGGCUGAUGUGAAUACGCAAUUGAAGAACAAGAACAUUACAACUGAUGUCAAAGUGGACACAAACUCUAAUCUUUUUACAACCAUUACAAUCGAUGAACCUGCACCGGGACUCAAGACAAUUUUUAGUUUCAUUAUUCCUGACCAAAGAUCUGGCAAGGUGGAACUACAAUACGCCCACGACUAUGCAGGGAUUAGCACAAGUAUUGGGUUGACUGCAAACCCCAUCGUCAACUUUUCAGGUGUAGUUGGGAGCAAUGUUCUCUCUGUUGGGACCGACUUGUCUUUUGACACUGCCAGUGGCAACUUCAUCAAGUAUAAUGCUGGGUUGAGCUUCUCCAGUGCCGACCUCAUAGCUUCCUUGACCUUGAAUGACAAAGGGGAUACGCUCACCGCUUCCUACUAUCACAUGGUGAGCCCCCUGUCAAACACGGCGGUGGGUGCAGAGCUGUCACACAGCUUCUCAACCAACGAAAACACCCUCACCAUCGGCACCCAGCACGCACUGGACCCCUUGACCACAGUGAAGUCCCGGCUCAACAACUAUGGCAAAGCAAGCGCCCUCAUCCAGCAUGAAUGGAGGCCAAAGUCCCUUUUCACCAUCUCAGGGGAGGUUGACACCCGUGCCAUCGAGAAGAGUGCCAAGAUCGGCCUAGCCCUGGCUCUCAAGCCCUAGGCAAUGAUGGAAUGUCUAGAGGGGAGAGAGCAGGGCAGUGCAGUGCAGACAAUAAGGUAACGAUUGAUUGGAACCGAAAGCUCUUCUUUUUGCGCAUUGUCUUUUUAACAGGCAUGCGAUUGGAAUUCUUCUGCCUUUUCUUUUGUUUUCUUUUGUUGAUUAUAUGAUGAUGAUGAUACCAUGGGCCUGUAAAAAUAAUUCUGGCCGGCAGUAGGGACCAGAGAUUAUUUAUCUUCAGAAAAUUUCCUUUUGUCCCUCAACCUCCCGUUUUCUCCACUGAGCAUAAAAUAACUGGCUUUUUGAA